UGCUGUAGGGUCAGCGUUUCAUUCAGACUUGGUCGUUGGCGGGUCGACUUGAAAUUGUAUCUUGUGUAACUGCUGCGUUGUAUUAAAGCGUCCCACUUAAGUGCUCUGACGACAUGACAGCUGCGUUACCUGUUGGUGUUGGUGUUGGCGCCAUCGGUGCUGUAUAUUUGUUGAGGCAGUAUUUCAAGGGUGGAGUGUGUAAGAGCAACGCAAGACUGGAUGACAAAACAGUCCUGAUAACUGGCGCUAAUACCGGUAUUGGAAAGGAGACUGCUCGAGACAUGGCAAGAAGAGGUGCACGUGUAAUCAUGGCAUGCAGAGAUCUGGACAAGGCUAACAAAGCCGCUGAUGAAAUAAAGCAAGAGACCGGUAAUGAAAAUAUAGUCGUAAAGAAGCUAGACUUAGCGUCCCUGAAGUCAGUUAGGGACCUCGCAGCUGAUAUCAACAAAGAGGAAUCACAGUUGAACAUCCUGAUAAACAAUGCGGGUCUGAUGUGGUGUCCACGUAUGGAAACCGAAGAUGGAUUUGAGAUGCAUAUCGGAGUUAAUCACCUGGGACAUUUCUUAUUAACCAAUUUACUGCUGGACCUAAUAAAGAAAUCAUCCCCGAGUCGGAUCGUCACCGUGUCCUCAAUGGGACACACUUUUGCCAAGGAAAUUAAUUUUGAUGAUAUCAACGCCGAAAAAAGUUACAAUAGAAUAAACGCCUACUCUCAAAGUAAACUGGCAAAUAUAUUGUUCACGAGAGAACUGAGCAAAAAAUUACAAGGAACAAAAGUAACUGUUUAUUCACUGCAUCCUGGCGCAGUACGAACAGAGCUGGACAGAUAUAUACCUGCGUAUUUUAGAUACGCAAUGUAUUUUCUGUUAUAUCCUAUAUUAGCCCUGACAUUGAAGUCGUCAAAAGAUGGAGCACAAACUUCUAUUCAAUGUGCUGUUGCGGAAGAACUCAAAGAUGUCUCUGGAUUGUAUUUCAGUGACUGUGUUCCCAAGCAGCCAACCCCUGCAGCACAGGAUGAUGAAGCUGCGAGGAAACUAUGGGAAGUUAGUGUAAAGAUGGUUGGUUUAGAAGAAUAGGUUUUUGCAAGAUCUGUAACAAUCAUACUCGAUUUAUGGAUGUCGGCUUGUAAACGAUGUACAUUUAAUAUAGAGAAUUAUUCCAUACAGUAGAGAGGGAAAUAUUUACUGGGUUACAUUUUAACGGAUUUAAUGUUGCAGGGAUAUUCACUGGGUUUUAAAUCACUGGUUUGUGAAGGAAACAAUACAUUCUGUUGUUAAAUUUGCAUAUUCACUGCGUUUUAAUUUGGAGCACUUGGCUGUUAACUAAUAAGCGAAAAUUAAACCCAGUGAAAAAUUAAGUCAUAUACAGUAUAUCAAUACAUGCAUUGCGCAUCCUACUGUAAAUGCAUUAAUUAUUCACUGGGCUUUAAUUUCACUAUUUUCGCUGAUAAGUAAAAUCCGCUAAUUUAAAUUAAAUCUAGGUAAACAUGUAAAAUAACAAUAAAACUCAUUGUUUCCUUGACAAAUUCUUGAAACUAAAACGCACGACAAAAAUAGUUUUACAGUAUUUUAGCAUGUGUGAUUUGAAGAUAAAUGCAAUUCUAUGAAAAAACUAUUCAAGUAAUGAUUUGGUAGAUAUUAUAGUAUAAUUAUUCAACAGCAAUACUCAUGUUCUAGCUUUAAUCACUUGCCCAUGUUAAAAGGUUUUUAAUGUAUAUUCGAUUUCAAAAAUAUAAUAUGUAAUAAAUUUUAUAUAAAUUUAAA